UCAGGCUUCUCUCUGGCGGGACCCUUUGCGCAUGCUACUUGCGCUCACUAUCUGCACUUACAUCCAUUACUGGAAACGCUUGCAUCGAGCUCUGACGUCAUGCUCACGCAUGCGCACAAGGAUUCCCAACUGGGAAAAAUUCCCACGGCUUAUUAUCACUGCAAGGGGCCUCAAGCAAAUAUACAUAAACGUGUCUGAACAUGGAGUCGAAAAAAAUUGAGAAUACUAAUAAUGAAAGAAAUGAAAAAAUUACUUGGAAAGAUUUAGGGAUUAUAGAUGCUCUUUGCAAAGCCUGUCAUGAUUUAAAAUGGGAAGAACCUACCAAGAUUCAACGAGAAGCUAUUCCUUUGACGCUUCAAGGUAAGGAUAUAAUAGGACUGGCAGAAACUGGAUCAGGAAAGACUGCUGCUUUUGCAUUGCCUAUGUUGCAGGCAUUAUUAGAAAAUCCUCAGAGAUACUUUGCACUUGUACUAACACCUACAAGGGAACUGGCAUUCCAAAUUUCAGAACAAUUUGAAGCAUUAGGUUCCAGUAUUGGUGUAAAAUGUGCAGUAUUAGUAGGUGGGAUGGACAUGAGCGCGCAAACGUUGCUACUUAGUAAAAAACCUCAUAUUAUUAUUGCCACACCUGGAAGAUUGGUCGACCAUUUAGAAAACACCAAAGGCUUUAGUUUGCGAAACUUAAAAUUUCUGGUUAUGGAUGAGGCGGAUCGUAUUUUAAAUAUGGAUUUUGAGAUAGAAGUUGAUAAAAUUCUCAGAGUAAUACCCCGAGAAAGGAGAACGUUAUUAUUUUCUGCAACCAUGACUAAGAAAGUACAAAAGUUACAACGUGCAUCUUUACGGAACCCUGUAAAAGUUGAAGUAUCCACUAAGUAUCAAACUGUAGAAAAACUACAACAAUAUUAUAUAUUCAUUCCAGUAAAAUUCAAGGACGUGUAUCUGGUGCAUAUCUUGAAUGAGCUCGCUGGCAACAGUUUUAUGAUAUUCUGUGCAACGUGCAAUAAUACUGUAAGAACUGCUUUAUUAUUACGAAACUUGGGCUUCACGGCGGUUCCGUUGCAUGGACAAAUGUCGCAGAAUAAGAGAAUCGCUGCACUUACCAAAUUCAAAGCAAGGAAUAGAUCUAUACUAAUUUCAACGGAUGUCGCUAGCAGAGGUCUCGAUAUACCACAUGUGGACAUUGUUAUCAAUUUUGAUAUUCCGACGCAUAGCAAAGAUUAUAUACAUAGAGUAGGUCGAACUGCGCGUGCAGGUCGAUCGGGUCGAUCUAUCACAUUUGUCACACAAUACGAUGUGGAACUGUAUCAACGAAUAGAACAACUUAUAUCGAAGCAACUACCACUGUGGCCUACGGAAGAGGGGGAAGUAAUGCUGCUACAAGAAAGAGUUACCGAGGCGCAACGAAUAGUAAAAAUGGAGGUGAAAGACAUCGAAGAAAACAAAAAGUUGGGUAAACGGAAAAAACGUGCUGGCGACAACGAAGAUGACACAGAACAAUCCAUUGGAGUAAGAAAACGAAUCAAAGGAAAUGGCAAGAAGAUGGGAAAAAGAAGAUAAUGUUAAGUAUUGCACGCAGUGCAAUAUUGAGACUGAUAGCUUUUUUCUUAAAUUACGAGCGGUUAAAAGUAAAUUACACACACACACACACACACACAUACAUA